AUGCUACGAGUUCACUCGAAAAAUGUCUUUUCUUGUGAGGUUCCAUGCUCAGAAGGUGUCACUAAUCCUUUUGUUUUCCAGAUUGAAGCGCCUGGCUCUUGUAAUUAUCGUAUAGAUGUCGAUUGUGAGCGCAUUACAUGGAUAUGCUGCGACAUCCAGUUUUCUUCCAGGCGCGAAUUCCUUUCGCAUCGAAUGAACAGUCACCUUGAAAAGCUUGUCGACGGUGCUUCUAUAGGCGAAUACAAUUCCUGCCAAAGUGCUAACCAUCCGAGUGGAUCACCAGGCAGCAAUCUUGAUUCCGGUCCUGAGAUUGGUAUGGAGAAUGCUGACGGCAGCUCUAUAUAUUUAGACCAGAUGCAGUCAACGUCGGGUGAAAUUAUGCAGGUUGUUGUUCCUGAGGAGAUCAUGGGAGAUGGCAGAGACUUCUUCGUUGUAAUUGACAAUAAUGAGCAUCUAAAUGGUGAAGGCGUGACUGAGCAGUUAAACAACGGUCAGCAUCAUCUGCAAAUGCAUUCCGAUCAGAGGCUUUCGUCGUCUAAUCUGUUGCAGGAGAUUCUCGUUGAUGAACACAAUGAGAAUGGAGGAGAGUUUGUUGAAAUUACUGCGGAGCAAUAUCAACAAUUGCGGCUACAAUACGGCGACAGUCUCGUCGACAUGGUUCGUGAAAUUUUUUGUCAUAGAUUUCUCGUACUUAAGUCUGGUGUUUUGCUGCGUGUGAAGGAAGCCUUUAUCAGAGCUUCGGACCGGAAAAUGUCGUAA